GCAGGUGCUUUGGUUGCUAUGGAAACCUAGAACGCCGAGGCGGGUGUUGAAUCAUUUAAAGCUCUCAAGGUGAAGUUGAGGCGGGAUGUACGUUCAGUGGUGACACUAGACAUCGUCUCAUUGUUGUAGUCGGUAUUACAGGAUAACUCCUACAGAUAUACUGCUUCACGGGAACACUAGGGACAGUGACCCCGCGGCGGGAAAUAACAACAUCUUCUAUGUAAUCACAUAAGGCUCCGGCUGCUGAUAACCGUGGCUGGUCGUUCAGGGGACGAAGAAACAACAUGGAGGAAUGCAGUGAAGCCAGUCUGUAUUCCAACGAGGAGGAAGUGAAUUGCCCCGGGCCUUUGUUUAGAGUGAAGAUGUUUGUUAUGGGCGAUGUUGGCUGCGGCAAGACAAGCCUGGUCCAGUCCCUCAUCGGCCCGACCCCCAAACUUAACGACAACCCCACCGACGGCGUCAAGGUAGAGCUAUGGUACCCCUUUAAGACAUCCAAACACAAUGAAAACUUGCUCGACAGGAAGCUGAGUGGGGAGGAGCAUCACCUCAUCAUAGAGAUUUGGGAUAUGACAGGGAGGCAGGUGUGUCAACACGCCCAUCAGAUGUACCUGACCCGGGAGUCCAUCUUCCUUCUUCUCUACAACAGAGUGGACCACACCAGCUGCGACAGUGUCCUCCCCAUCUACACCAGCAUCCAGGAGGCCGCUCCGGGAAGCACGGUAAUCAUUGCCAGCACAAAGGCGGACAAAUCCCCGCCUGAUGGGAACCGGGCCACACUGCCGUCGGGGGAGCAGAUCCUGGACUCCCUGAGGAAGAGCCUGGACAACUGGAGGUUCUACGUCCUGAAGGAGAUGGACGAGCUCAAGUUGUUGUCCAGGGAAACACACGCCAAACAUCCAGAGUCAGCCAACAAGAGCAAGAAGAACGACUCGCGACACCGACACAGCGAGACCAACCCUGCCCUGAAAUCUCAGAUGGAGGCUUGUGAAUCUAUCCUCGUGAAGGUCAAGGAUGUUCCUAGCAAAGUCUACGACGUGAGCUCAUUAGACGGGCAGGGUCUCGAUGAGCUGAAAACGGUCAUCUUCCGGGCUGCCCUGGACCCCGUGAAGUUCCCUCACCUUGACCGGACCAUCAAACCCAGCACGAUCUCGUUGUAUGACGAGAUUUUAAAGCUGCGAGAACGAGAUUUAGUUCUGUUGACAUGGGGUCAAUUUUGUGAUAUAGCCAAUCAGCUAAGCCCAGAUGGAGAUGACACUCUGGAGGAAGAUACUGCAUUCCUUCAAACAAUUGGAGGUCUCCUCGAUUUCAAAAUGACCCCAUCUAUCUCGAACACUCCUGACAACCCCCCUUCCAACAUCCCCGCCGCCGGGACAGGCCGGUUCAUCUGUAUCCACCCCAGCGUCUUUGCCAACGCCGUGUGCUGCUGUCUGGUGGAUGAUGACAAGAAAGCCUUCCGGUUCGAGUCGUGCAGGUUCUGGCCCAAAGAUUCCGGGUUCAAGCGCCCAGACCCUCAAGUGUUGUGCAAGGUGCUAGAGUCGAUACCUCACGAAGGACUGAUCAGAGAGUCCUUGCUUCCAUUGUUGUGGCAGGAGAGUAACCUGUACGAGGACCAGAUACUGCACCUGGUGCGAGUGUUCACCUACCUGGGGCUGUUCAUCCGCUACUGCACCUGCAAGGCAAACUGUGAGGGACUGGCCCUCCCCUACUACCCCCACCUGUCUGUACAGCGCUGUCUGUACGCCGUGCUCCUGGACCUUCUGCCCAACAACAGACCCCAACUAAACUGGACUCCAAAGCCUUUCAAGGGAGAUUUGCAAAUCACCAUCGGCUACAUAUUCGCGACCGGUCUCCCUGUGGGCGUGGCCAAACAGCUGCUGGCACACUGCCAGUACGUGGGGCAGGACACCAGCUCCUACAGACACAUGUGGAAGUACGGGGUCCUGCAGAGGGUGGGGGAGGCUAUAGUUUGUGCAGAACACGACAACACCCAGUUCAACAUCAGCUGCCGGGUGAACGCUGACGAGCCGGGUCAGGAAGACUCUGCCGUGCAGCUGCUCUGGGUGUCGCUGUCGCAGUUCCUCUUGUCCCUCAACAAGUUCCUCAAAUUCUGGCCCGGGCUCUUCUAUAAGAUGGUCAUCAUGCCCUUGGGCUAUCAGUUCUACCACGAGGAGAAGGUGGAGCAUGAGCAGAUGGUUUCCCUGCUGAGGUGCCUGUCCUACUGGCUGGCAGACAAGAAGUACAGCUUUAAGGAUGGGGAGGUGGAGAGGGAAAUCCACCUGGAGCUGCUCUUCCCCUUCAGAGACUGCCCGACUCUGCAUUGUGUCGAUGACUGGUUGACGUUUGUUUUGACCAAGAAGCACCUUGUGUUCCCGUCUGAGGAGAGCAACACAAUUAUGGAGCCCAACGCAGACACAAAGACUGCCCUGAAGAUCAACCCAUUGCUUCUACUCAGCAAGGGAUCCAUGAAGCUCAAAAGCAGGAAGAAGAAGAGUGUAGAAGUUAAGUGGAAGCUGGACCCACUAGGUGACAAAACACCUCCACCUCAACCCAUGACUGGAACUUCUUCAACUAAUACUACACACAAGCCUGAUGCUAAUCAGAAAACAGAAGACAACAAGGAGGAGACAACUCCGUUUGCACAAAACACCACCCCUGUUGUCAGUGGUACAGAGGAGAGUAAUUCCAUCCCACCUGUGACUGGCGUGGCAUUGCCAUGUGGGAAGGGCGUGGUCAUGAAGGCGUGGUCGGAGGAGGAGGAGGUGAAAGAAGCAACACGGAUUGCGUCCGGGUUUGUGGCAGCCAUCAUGGCUAGCGCUGUGGCGGAGUUCAUCUCAUCCGAGUGUGAGAGCAGCCAGAUGUACAAGGAGGUCGUGUCAGCAGCUCAGGUGGCUGCAGCCAGGGUGACGGCCGAGGCGGCGCGGGCAGCGCAGACAGGAGACAUCGACGGUGCAGCCAAGGCAGUGUUGCAGGCUGUGAAGGCCGUGGAGAUAGCCAUGGGCAAGUCAAGCACCUCCAGCGGGCAGGGACCCAUUAGAAGCAGACUGUGUGUAAUACUCUGAGGAGGAGCUUGUGACAGUCUUGUGUUUACAUUGUGUACGGACAUCAUGACCAAACAGCUGGCGAGCCAAGGGGAUGGGGAAUUUAUGAUUCAUCUCGUUCUGAUAUUUAUAUGGAUGAUAAAAACAAUUUGUCAGAGAGCGUGACAAUGUCACUGGGCAACAGACAGUUGUGCAGCACAUCUGAUUGGCUUAGGGCUCAACUGUCUGAUGGGUACAUGACACAUGUAUCAACAGAGGCAAUAUCUCAUAGCAGGUCACUAGUGCACCGACACAGGAACAUUAUAUGGAUAUAUGUUUUAAAGAGGAAGGAAUAGUGUGAAAAGUGUGAUUAAUACGUUUCUUUUGUUAGAUGAAUGGCAAUCUUGUCUGGUGCCUCUUCAUAUCUGAUAAACAGGUUUCAGCGGAUUCAGAAGAGUGCUGUGCAGAUAGUGUUCCUGUCACAAGUACAAUCACAUUACCCAUGUACUCUCCAGCUCAUACUGGCUUUCUGUGUGCUACAGAAUCACUUCCAAACUACUCUGCCUUACCUACCAGUGCUUGUCAGGUGAUGCUCCACUCUACUGUGAGCUACUGAAGCACGUACAGCACAUUACCCCAAGUCUAAAUGUCACCAUCUCCUCUGUGUAAAAGAAGACUCAUGAUUCGGCCAUUGCUCCUUUUCCUUCGCCAUGGGAACUGUUUGUUUGUUGUUCAAUCAGCAAUAUCCCAGCUGUAUAACGGCAGUCUGUAAAUAAUCGAGUCUGGACCAGACAAUCCAGUGGUUGACAUCAUGAGCAUCAAUCCACG